AUGACCUAUUUUAUGUUUUUAUUAUUGAUGGCUUUGGUUGUGGGCUUGGUUGCUGUUGCUUCUAAUCCUACGCCUUAUUUUGCUGCUCUUGGUUUGGUGGUCGCAGCCGGGGUUGGGUGUGGGAUUUUGGCUGGCCAUGGGGGCUCUUUUCUAUCAUUGGUCCUUUUUUUAAUUUACUUAGGGGGAAUGCUUGUAGUUUUCGCUUAUUCGGCAGCCUUGGCUGCUGAGCCCUUCCCAGAGGCUUGGGGUAAUCGUUCUGUGCUAGGUUAUGUUGUGGCCUACUUGUUAGGGGUCAGUUUGGUGGCAGGAUUUUUUUGAGGGGGUUGAUAUGAGGGCUCGUGGGUGGUUGCGGAUGGACUAAAAGAGUUUUCUGUUUUGCGCGGUGACAUUGGUGGUGUGGCUAUAAUAUAUUCGUCUGGUGGGAUUAUAUUAGUUAUUUGCGCCUGGGUGCUGCUUUUGACUUUACUUGUUGUUUUAGAGCUUACUCGUGGUUUAAGUCGUGGGGCCCUUCGUGCGGUUUAA